UGGGGACUGAAUCAGGCCUAUGGUACAGUUUAGCUGACCUGAGCUCAUCAAUUAGCCUAAUAGCCUACAGAGUUACAUGGGACAGUCAACAUAAAAUGAAGGGUACAGAGUAGAUGGAGCCUCAUGCUCAAGAUGCCAGUGAGAGAUGACAGGAAAUACAAGGACCUUCACUUGGAGAGAAACCAUGUAUAUAAUGUGUAUGACCAGAUUGCACCAAAGUUCAGUGAAAUCUCCCAGAAAGCCUGGCCAAAUGUCCGUAGGUUUCUCAAGGAUUUGCCUCCUGGAUCCAUAGUGGCUGAUAUUGGUUGUGGAAGUGGCCGCUAUCUUCACAUUAACAGUAAAGUUGUGAAAUUUGGAGUGGAUAUUUGCUCGCCAUUGGUAGAGAAUGCCAGAAAUAAGGGACAUGAGAUGCUUGUGGCAGACAAUUUGAGCCUUCCAUUCCGAGAUGGAGUAUUCGAUGCCAUCAUAUCUAUUGGUGUCAUCCACCAUUUCUCUAGUCAGAGUCGACGUCUUCAAGCUGUGAAGGAAAUGUGUCGUUUGUUAAGGCCUGGUGGACAGAUUAUGAUAUAUGUAUGGGCUUUUGAACAAAAGCACAGAAGGUUUAAAACUCAGGAUGUCUUGAUUCCUUGGCACAGUAACCAGAGCAGCAAGAGAUCUGGCUCAUUGGAUGGAGGUUUGUCCAGCAAUGCAAGCUCUGAUAGUGAGUCAUCAGUUGACAUUGAGGACACCAGGAAUUCAAGAAGAAACUUCAAUCGAACACUCUCAGAUCCAGGCAAAGAGCAAGAUAAUACUCAUCUACAGUCCUAUCUAAAAUCUGUCGCUCAGGAAUCCCACCUUUUGUCCAAAAGACACAGGUGUAAUACCCUCCCCAGCUCACUUGAGGGACUUUCUGGGGAGGAAUCUCAAGAUAAUUUUGUACCAAGUGUUCUUGCAGCUGAGUGCAGAAAGUUUGAGGCAUCUCUUAAGGCCAUGUCUUCAAGUAUGUUCUACCUCAAUGAAAAUGAAUACAGGUCAACCACUGAAAAUGAAAAUGAAUACAGAUCAACCACUGGAAAUGGACAAGCAGAUCUAAGCAGUCAUCAAAAUUUGCGUCAUAUAGCACUUGAAAGCUUUAAGUCAGGUGAUUGUAUUCAGCCAAUCAGAACCCAUAGAACAGUUGAGAAUGGAAAUUCAGAGAAAGCAGCAGAGAUUUCACAUAGGAACCAUUCUGAACAUUUUAAGAUUGACAACACAAAUAGCCAUGAAAGAGACAAGCACAAGUCUACUUCAAAAGUCAUCACUGAUAUUCAAGAGCCCUGUGGUAUAAUCAAGUCAGCGGUGGUUCAAGAAAAUGUUGACAGUUCAAGAAAAUCAAAUAGCAAUUGUGACAUAUGUCCAGGGCAUAAACCAAGCUUAACUCAGUAUUUGUGUAGCAAUGAUCCUGAAAAGGAUCCAGAUGUUACGUCACAAACAACUUUAAAAGAUGGUGCAAAAGCAAGGAAAAAUAAAUUCACACUUUUUUCCUCCAUCAAGGAGAGUUUUCUUAAUUUUUUUGAAGGAAAAUCAUCAAAAAUGAAGAAGCCAAAACUUGAGACAGCAUUAUGUGAUAGUGGAGAAAUGGAUGUGAGUGAUUUUGCUGUGAGGGAGUUCCCAAUGAGUAGCUGUCCAAAUUACAGGAAGGAGAUUAUAUCAGAGGAGUUGAAAGCCUUUCAGAGCAGUGAAAUUCAGGGAGCAACAUUAUCCUGUGUUACAGAUGAACUCAAUGUUGAUUCAGAGAUGAGGAACAAUCCUGCAUGCCAUACAUGUUUGGAAGCUAUAGCAUCUGACAGUCAAGAAACAUCCUGCCAUAUUUCAUGUCAAAAUGAUACUCUACUUAAGCAUUCCAUGUCAGACUUAUCACCCUCAAAAUGCCAGUCUUUAAAACGUUUUGAUGAAAUGUCCUCAGAUAGUCUCAAACUAAGAUCUCACAUGAGUGGCCUGUCUCAGAGACACUCUUAUAGCUUGCCAGCUGUCAAUCAUAUCACAGAGGCGGUCCAGGACAAGUAUUCCACAUCCUCAGUGCCUUCGUCCCCCGCAGUAAGAAACGAAACAUUAAACAAGUCAACAGAACUUAGCAGAUUUUACCAUGUUUUCAAAGAUGGGGAAUUGCCAAAGCUUAUUUCAAAACAUGUUCCAAAUGUGAAAAUUGUAAGUUCAAUUUACGAUCAUGCUAACUGGUGUAUAGUGGCAGAAAAAUGUAAUUAAUUGGAUUUUUUGCCAGUAGAAAUCUAUUUUAUCAAUGAAUUUUAGUGUUGUAAAUGUACUACCGGUAUUUUCAGUGUCACAAAUUUGAUAACAGUGUAUCCCUCCCCCUUUAU